CGCCGCGCCGCGAGCACCGCCCAAGCGCGCGAGGCGAGCACGUCGGCGAGCAACCCGGCGAGCAGCCCGGCGACCACCGCGCACCGCGCGACCACCCGCGGCGCGAGCAGCAGCGCUCACCACCGCGCACGGUACGACGGCCAGCGGCGGCGGCGGCGGCCGAGGUCUGCUGCUGCUGCGCCUGCGAGCGCCGGGAGGCCGCGCCUCACCACCAGCUCCGCCCGUCACGCCAACAACAUUUCCUCCGCCAUGAAGACGUCGUCCUUCUCGCUGCGCGUCAUGCGACGGGCGCGCAACAAACCGGCCGACGGAGUUGGACAUGUCAAUCAAAAGAACCGGGAAAAGACGCCCGUGAGAACGCCGCACAGUUCGCACGAUCUGCACAAGCAAUGUGCUCGCAGUGCCAGCACUAGUAGCUUUAGGAGUCUCAGCCAGGCGCGCAACAAGCCCGCGGAUGGCAGCCACCCGCCCAAGUCCGCGUCCCGCGAGAAGACGCCCGUCGGCACCAAGGCGAGCACGCCGUCGGGCACCAAGCCCGCCACCGCCCACGCGCACGGCCAGCCCAAGGCGGGCACGCCCAAGCCGCCCAGCGCCCAGAAGGGCGAGGUCAAGGCCAAGGCGCAGCCCAAGCCCGCGCCGCCGCCGCCAAAGCCCGGGCCGCCCAAGGCCAAGAAGAAGGGUCAGCGGCACCAGCAGCACGACCUGGUCGUCACCAUCAACCUGUCCGAGUAUGGGCUCACUGAGGACCAGGUGGCCGAGUUCAAGGAGGCCUUCAUGCUGUUCGACCGGGACGAGGACGGCACCAUCACGAUGGCCGAGCUGGGCGUCGUCAUGCGCUCCCUGGGACAGCGGCCCACCGAGACCGAGCUACGAGACAUGGUGAACGAGGUGGACCAGGACGGCAACGGCACCAUCGAGUUCAACGAGUUUCUGCAGAUGAUGUCCAAGAAGAUGAAGGGUGCCGACGGCGAGGAGGAGCUGCGCGAGGCGUUCAGGGUGUUCGACAAGAACAAGGACGGCCUCAUCUCCUCCUCAGAGUUGCGUCACGUCAUGACCAGCCUCGGCGAGAAGCUUUCGGACGAGGAGGUGGACGACAUGAUCCGGGAGGCCGACCUGGACGGCGACGGCAUGGUGAACUACGAAGAGUUCGUAACCAUUCUGACGGCGAAGAACUGAGGAGGUGGCGCUGAUCGCGGGACGAUCGGGACAAGCCAGACCCAGUCGAAUCAGGCCGAGGAGCCAACCCAAUGUGAAUCAACGAAUAGACCUCGACUCAGUUUCAAAUGAGGCGCAUCAUGUAGAUCAAAGCUCGUCAUGUUACGAUACGUCUGAUUUAGGUUUAUUUACUAUUAUUAUUAUUAUUAUUAUUAUUAUUAUUAUUAUUAUUAUUAUUAAGGGGAGCUACUUUAAAGGAUAAUUUGCGACGUGUUUUGUCCAAAGAUCGGUUUGUUCAACGUCACCUGCAGUGAUGUGUUUGUGUGCUUUUCAAUUUUCAGCUCAUAGAUGUAAGUGCCACAAAACUUUUUUAUACGAUGUGCGUGUUGUUAAGUUAAAUUUCUCAUUUUAUCGUGAUAGAGCAUAACCAUACAAAUGCAUGUAACGUACUACAUUGGAAAUGUGGGUUCCACGACAUAUGCAGCAGACCCGGAACUGUAGUACUAGGUAAAAAUGUUAACUUGCUAAUGUGUAGAUAUCUUUCCGCAUUCAAUAAGUGAAUUUGUUUCGAAUUUGGAUUGGAACACGCGUCACCGUGUAUUUUUUAUUCUGACACACAUUCCGUUGUCUUUGUAAUGGAGGACUAUCGGGCCCACGUGAUAUGUGCAAGCAUUAAAACCAGUUCUAAACAGGCAGACGGAAGAGGCUGCCUUUUUGAUUCGAAAGAUGGCGAUAAACUGGUGCUCACAUUUGUUUUUGAGCCGACAUGCUUUUGGUGUUGAAAUCUUUCACAAAGAGCAGGCCGUAAGUCACCUUAAUCGUGUGAGGACAUAAAUGUGUGUGUGAAUGAGUUAGUGUUAUUUGUGUCGAGCAAAGUUGUCAGUAAAAGAACAGGAAGAGAUUUUACAGUUGUGUUAGUUUUGUACAGUACAUUUUCAAUGGUACUACAUGUAAAAUGUUUCCAGCUUAAUUUUUCUUGCGUCUCUAAUGUCGCUUGUUUUUGUGUGUAAUGACAAUAUAAUUUACGAAAUUUUUCCUGGAAGCACACAGAUCGCUACUUGUACGUACGGACCAAUUGCCGUAUAUUUUUGUGGUUGAGAGAACUCUUAGUUCCAAGAAAAUAUUUCCUCGUUGAUCGAGGAAUCGCAUAGAAAGCAGAUGAUUGUAAGUUUUACAAGAUAAUGACAAAACUUUUAGAGGGAACAUAUAUUUUUUUGGAGAAAUUUUAUCUUAGUUGUCAAGGAGGCACACUACUACAGGGCAACCCUCUUCGGGGAGUGGACUGUAAAUCGUUGGCAGCAUGUUAAACCAAGUCUUGGACGUAAAAAGGCAACAGCACAAAUCAAAGAGAAUUGUUAGCAAAAACAUAAAUAAAUACAGAAGCCGUUAAGACCAGGAUCGCUAGAAAGCAAAAUAGAAUUCGCGUGGUCUUAAGUUGUCAAGAUUGUUCCUAAAUGUAAAUGAUUUGAAGAUUCCAUAAACUAGCUUAACAUACAAAUCGUAAAUUUAGGUCAAUGUUUCUCUUUCUUCUAUCAGAUUAAAUGCCCCUCUCGCUCAUAGGUAAAAACUGCGCACCUGGCAAAUACGGAUACGUGAAGGUUUGUUAUUCAGUUCUGAAAAUUUCAGCGGAAGGAGGGUUUUAUCUGCAAGUCGCUAAAACUUUCUCUAACUUUCACUCCUAUAUCUGUGGUAACCUAUGAUCAUCAAUUUAUUUUGUUGAAGAAAAAUGUUAAAAUUUUAGGCUGACGGCCUACAGAGUUUAGAACUGACAUUACGUACGGUUAUGUUUCUUAGACACUUCUAAUGUAAUAUGUAUGUAUCUUUUAAAAGUGUGUUCUCGAUGUUGUGUGAUUUUAGAUUGAGUGAUGUGCGAUGCUUGCCUGUAGAGAGGUUCGGAGCUUGAUUGUGGUUUUUGUAGUUUCACAAAGUAUGUUUCCGACCCUGUGACCUGGCGGUAUCAGGAUCGAGGGGCGUAUUAUUCAACCCAUGACCACUACUACAGCCUAUAACCUGCAGGUAUAUAACGACUAUUUACUGUGGUUAAAACGACGGUAUUGUUGAUUGCAAAAGUUGAGCCGAUACCGAAUUCCCUUCAGACAUCGCCAAAUCUUCCUCUCCCCAUCCCAAUCGAUUAGCUAACGUUAACGGUUCUCCUGUGAACCGGGGACAGUCAAAGCCGUGUUGAACGAGAAUUUCACGUAUUCACAUACUGUAAAGGUUGUAAACAUAUAUGUAUAUUAUAGUGGUCCUACGUCGCCUAUUUUGAAAAAGAAAAUAACACAGCAGCAUUACGGUGAACUAUACUUAUUUUCACUUUUCACUUCACCAUGUGAGUUUCUACAGUAUUUAACACUGUUUACCUCACAGUUUCUCCCUCAAAACGUUCCACUUGCACUUUUUUCAUACAUGUUUGUCUUCCGUUUAGCUUUUAUAAGCCAAGCAUGUCAUCAUGACCGCUUAGGUAUACAUACAUGUCUACUACAUUGUAACAUUUUAUAUGUGUGCCAUAGAAGCAAAAAAAUUGAUGUCAUAAAUGUUUCCGCUGUUCUCGCUUAAAAUAACAAUGUCAAAGAUGCAGAAUAUCCAGAUGAAAUAAACUAAUUUCUGCCAAA